AUGCCGCGCUCCCGCCGAGCCGCGCGCCGUGGCCCUGGCAGCGCCCGAGCUCGCUCUCCCGCCAGCGAGGAGGAGGCUGGCAGCGAGGUGCUGAGCCACUGCAGCAGCGCCAGUGAGGGGACCAGCCCCGCCGAUGAGGGCGCAGGGAGUGAGGCGGCGAGUGAGCAAGGCCAGGAGGAGGAGGCAGAGGACAGGCUGAAGGAGCACAUGGACAACCUCCUGGACAAGAGCACCAAGAUGCGGCAGGCGGCACUGCAGAGCCUGCGCCUGGCCUUCUCCUCCAGAAUCCUCUCUGAGUUCCUGCUGGAGCGUCGCAUCAUGCUCACUGACUCCCUCGAGAAGUGUCUCAAGAAAGGUAAAGGGGAGGAACAGGCACUGGCAAGCACCGUCCUCACCCUCCUCUGCCUCCAGAUGGGUUCUGGCCCAGAGGGGGAAGAGUUGUUUCACAGCCUGAAGCCUGUACUCAUCAGUGUCCUGACAGACAGCACAGCCAGCCCGGGUGCCCGGCAGAGUUGUGCCAUGGCUCUGGGCAUGUGUUGCUACAUUGCUGCUGCUGACCUCGAGGACCUGAUCUUAUGCCUGUCCUGCUUGGAGGGCAUCUUCAGCCCCCCCAGCAUGGGCGAAGGGACCUCAGCAACCACCCAGCAUGGCCCUCUGCACUGCAGUGCACUCCAGUCAUGGUCCCUGCUCCUCACCAUUUGCCCCCCCUCCCACAUCAAGAGUAUUUUGGACAAUCGCUGGCUGAAGCUGUCCCCGCUGCUGUCCAGCAGCAGUGUCACGCUGCGCAUCCUGGCUGGGGAAACCAUCGCGCUGAUCUUUGAGCUGGCCCAAGACUUGGAGGAAGACUUGUACUACCAAGAUACAGAGUUCCUGUGUGCCCAGCUCAAGAUCCUGGCUACUGAGAGCAACAAGUACCGAGCCAAGACAGACCGACGGAAGCAGCAUUCCAUCUUCCGGGACAUCCUGCGCUUCAUUGAGAACGGGGAGUACCAGGAGGAGACUGUCCGAUUUGGCCUGGAGUGCAUGUACCUGGACAGCUGGGCACGCCAGCGGACUUACCAGGCCUUCAAAGAGGUGCUGGGCUCAGGCAUCUGCCACCACCUCCAGAACAAUGACCUGCUACGGGAGAUCUUUGGCCUUGGACCCCCCUUGGUGCUGGAUGCGGCUGCUGUGAAAACCAGCAAGGUCUCCCGCUUCGAGAAGCACCUCUACAACUCAGCUGCCUUCAAAGCCCGCACGAAAGCCCGGAGCCGGGUGCGGGACAAGCGGGCAGACGUGCUAUGA